AUGAAUCUUGGAAACUUAGGCUCUGAGCCAGUCAGCCGGGCUCCAGUGCUUGCGACUGGGGUACGCCCCGAUUGCUUGGAGACACAGAUAUGGGAUCCGUUUCCUCCGGUGAUUGACUUAGACACCCCGGAGAAAAGUAAGGUGAAGCGAGAGGCUGAGGACCUGGACCUCUCCCCGAAGCCAAUGCAAGUCGAAGCACCCCAGCUUGCAGACCCAGUUGUAUCUCCAGCCCCAAAGCCGAUGGAAGUCGAAACGCACCAGCUUGCAAAGCCAGUUGUAUCUCCAGCCCCAGAGCCGAUGGAAGCCGAACCGCACCAGCUUGCAAAGCCAGUUGUAUCUCCAGCCCCGAAGCCGAAAGAAGUGGAGGCAUGCCUAGAGCCACUUGGGCACAUCGCUGGAAGUAUCUCAGCUCGUGAGAUGACGAACCGAGGGCUUUUCUGUUAUGCGGGCAUGGUUGGAGAGGGCGAGAACCCCUUGGUUGCAAAGCCAGCGACAUCCCAAGCCCCUGACCCCGCUUCUCCCGAUUCACCAGAACCUUCUCCGAGCCCGAAGCCAACGGCCCUACUCUACAAGGAGGACCUCACUCCCGAGAAGGUUGUGAUAACACGCAAUGAUCAGCUGAGCUUAAAGGCCAACGCCUCUACGGAUGAAGCUGUCAAGGCUUCCAAAGGCCGUGGACGAUCCCGUGGACGCGGCCGUGGGGGUCGUGGACUUGCUGCUGCGAAGAGCAGCAGCAGCAAAGGCGGUGAGGUUGAGGCCCCGGCUGGGGAUGAUUGGGCUGGUGAGGAGGGUUGGACACAGGAGGAUUGGGCCACAUGGACCGGUGGUGAGCACUGGACUGAGGAGGAGUGGGCCACGUGGACCGAUGGCGAGCGCUGGACUGAGGAGGAGUGGGACGCAUGGGCCGGCGAUGAGGAUUGGACAGAGCAGGCCACGGGCGAUGAUGGCGCCGCCAAGAAAAAGGGCAAGCGCGGACGUGCCAAGAAGGCUAACUCGGCUCCCCAGCCAGAGCCAGCAGUUGAAGCUGCCGGCAAGGCUAAGGCUAAAGCUAAGGCCAAAGCGGUAGCCAGGGCCAACGGUCGUGUUGCCCCGAUCCCUGAUGCUGGCAAUGACGACUUCGACUAUCCGCAGACGUUUGCCCGCAGAUCUUGCCCGCCGAUCCCGGGUUCCCAGGCGGCUUUGGUAUGGAGGGGGAUUACAAGGUCGUUUUGGGAGGAGAUCCUACCAUUCCUGGCUCGUGGGGAGCGAACGGUCGCAGAGGCCUCCUACUGGACGUACGCUCGGAUCCGCUGGGUGCACAGUGGGCUACAGCCAAGUGAUGAUGGCUUUUCCGAAGUCAUGAGGAUGGCAGCUCAGGAGUUUGUGAUUCUUCGUCCAACCGCCAAUCAAGUUCCUUUUCUGGAUUGGUUCUCCUUCAUAUGA